AGUAAGUAUAUAAUUCAUUUUGUGAUCCACUCCCAAUACCACCCUUCUCUCUCUGAUCACUCUCUCUCUCUCUCUCUACAUUCUUGUUCAAUGUUCAUAAGAAAGACCCAUUUCUCUUUCUUCAUUUCUUUCUCUCUCUACAUUCUUGAAUAAAGCUGGUUUUAAUUAGAAUCAAAAUUUGGAGAUUCAUAUUCCUGAUAUUGUCUCUUUAUGCCUUUCUUCCCAAACCCACAUUUCUUCAUUUGCUUGCUUGCUGUUCACACAGGCAAAGAAUUGCUAACCUCACUUUUUCCCCUAAUUUUUAUUUUUAGUUUUUACAAAAAUCUCUUUUAAUUUCUUCGACAUUGUAGCUUCUUGAUCAUUUAUAUAUAUAUAUAUAUAUAUUCUCCCUGUCGGAAAUUUUCUUGGAGCUUAGAUAGAUCAGUAGCACUAAUGGGUGGGACAAGAUCGAUGAAAGGGAUCUACAGAGGCUUCAAAUAUACCCUUUCCCAAAUUUUUGUUGUGAAAGAACGUGAGAUGGAGAUUGGGUACCCAACUGAUGUCAAGCAUUUGGCUCACAUUGGGUGGGAUGGCUCCAGCUCUGUCAAUGCCCCUGCUUGGAUGAAUGAGUUCAAGACAGGCCCCGAUUUUGGGAAUUAUUCUGGUUCUACUGCUGCCCUUUCUCUCUGGUCUUCUUCCCAAGAUUUCAGCGAGUCCACGUGGCAAACGUCGAAAUCCGACGUGUCGUCGUCACCAGCCGAGCUCGCCGGUGUAAGAACAAAGCAGAAACGGAAGAAAUCCAAGUCAAUUUCCUCCCCAAAAUCGAACCCUUCGGCAUCCUCGAGGUCAUUAAGAGUCGCAAAGUCGAUUUCCAAUUUCAUCGAAUGCAGCAUCAAGCCGACGACAGCCCAUUGACCCGGCGACGACAAUGCAAGAAUGGAGACAUGAAUUAGAAGAUCGAAUACGAUGUUAGGACAAGCAUUUGGUUGAGGCGACAAUGAUGAAGCCGAAAAUCGAUAUUUAAGUAACAUCUUGUUCUUGUUUUAAGGCUUGAAGAUGAUUUGGUUUGAAAAAUAAUUAGGGAUUGUAAAAAUUUAGAGCGUGGUUACUUGGUAUUUUAUUUUUACACGAUUUUUAAA